CCCUGCACCCCCGUCCCCUCCCGAAGGGACCCAACGUACCCCUCCAGUGCGCGCCCUUCUUCGUGCACCCGCGUCCCCUCCCAAGCGCUCCCCUUCCGUGCGCCCCCGUCCCCUCCCGAGCGCCCCCAUCCCGCGUGCGACCCUCCCCGUGCGUCCCUGCCCCUAGGCGGGCGGCUGCCGCGGCUCGGGGAGAAGGGGCGGGCGCUCCGAGACUCGUCCCUGGGGCCCAGCGCGGGCCGGGGCAGCAGCGGCGUGAUGUCACGGCAGGGAGGGGGCGCGGGAGCCGCCGGGCUGGCGGGGAGGCGGGGGAGGUGUUUUCCAGCUUUAAAAAGGCAGGAGGCAGAGCGCGGCCCUGCGUCAGAGCGAGACUCAGAGGCUCCGAACUCGCCCGCGGAGUCGCCGCGCCAGAUCCCAGCGGCCGGGCGCGGGCACCAGGGCGGCGGGCACAGGGCUCGGAGCCACCUCGCAGGUCCCAGGGCCCCGGCCGGGCCCUGCCACGCGCUCACACGCCCCCUGAUGACUUUCCUCCCGGGCGCGCGGCGCUGAGUCCGAGGCCAGGGCUGCCUUUCCCAGAGACCCGACCCCGGCGGCUCGGGGAGCCCGCUCCUCCCGUGCCUCCGCCCGCCGCUCCGCUCCCCGCCGCCGCCGCGCGGAUGCCAAGCACCAGUUUUCCAGUCCCUUCCAAGUUUCCACUCGGCCCUGCGGCUGCGGUCUUCGGGAGCGGAGAAACUUUGGGGCCUGCGCCGCGCACCAUGAAGUCGGCGGAGGAAGAACACUAUGGCUACGCGCCCUCCAGCGUCGGCCCUGCACUGCGGCUGCCCACAACACACUCCUCCCUGCCGGCCCCGUGCCAUGACCUUCAGACCUCCACCCCGGGCCUCGUCCUGCCGGUGGAACACCCCGCGGGGUACGGGGCAGCCCUGGAUGGUGGGCCUGCGGGCUACUUCCUGUCGUCCGGCCACGUGAGGCCGAACGGGGCCCCCGCCCUGGAGAGCCCGCGCAUCGAGAUCACCUCGUACCUGGGUCUGCACCACAGCAACAACCAGUUUCUCCAGGACACGGAGGUGGAAGACGUCCUCCCCAGCUCCAAGCGCUCCCCGUCCACAGCCACGCUGAGCCUGCCCGGCCUGGAGGCCUACAGGGACCCCUCCUGCCUGAGCCCAGCCAGCAGCUUGUCCUCCCGCAGCUGCACCUCCGAGGCCUCCUCCUAUGAGUCCAGCUACUCGUACCCGUAUGCGUCACCCCAGACGUCGCCGUGGCAGUCUCCCUGCGUGUCCCCAAAGACCACGGACGCUGAGGAGGGCUUUCCCCGCGGGCUGGGGGCCUGCAUGCUGCUGGGCUCCCCGCGGCACUCACCCUCCACCUCCCCGCGUGCCAGUGUCACCGAGGAGAGCUGGCUGGGCGCCCGCUCCUCCAGGCCCGCGUCGCCCGGCAACAAGAGGAAGUACAGCCUCAACGGCCGGCAGCCACCAUGCUCGCCCCAGCGCUCGCCCACGCCGUCCCCACACGGCUCCCCGCGGGUCAGCGUGACCGACGACUCGUGGCUGGGCAACAGCACCCAGUACACCAGCUCGGCCAUCGUGGCCGCCAUCAACGCGCUGACCACUGACAGCAGCCUGGACCUGGGCGACGGCGUCCCCGUCAAGUCCCGCAAGACCACCCUGGAGCAGCCGCCCUCGGUGGCGCUCAAGGUGGAGCCCGUCGGGGAGGACCUGGGCAGCCCCCCGCCCCCGGCCGACUUCGCGCCUGAAGACUUCUCUUUCCAGCACGUCAGGAAGGGCGGCUUCUGCGACCAGUACCUGGCAGUGCCGCAGCACCCAUACCAGUGGGCAAAGCCGAAGCCCCUGUCCCCCACACCCUACAUGAGCCCGACCCUGCCUGCCCUGGACUGGCAGCUGCCGUCUCAUUCCGGCCCGUACGAGCUCCGGAUCGAGGUGCAGCCGAAGUCCCACCACCGCGCCCACUAUGAGACGGAAGGCAGCCGCGGGGCCGUGAAGGCGUCAGCCGGAGGACACCCCGUUGUGCAGCUCCAUGGCUACUUGGAGAACGAGCCUCUGAUGCUACAGCUAUUCAUCGGGACAGCGGAUGACCGCCUGCUGCGCCCGCAUGCUUUCUACCAGGUGCACCGGAUCACAGGGAAGACCGUGUCCACCACCAGCCACGAGGCCAUCCUCUCCAACACCAAAGUCCUGGAGAUCCCACUCCUGCCGGAGAACAACAUGCGUGCCGUCAUCGACUGUGCGGGAAUCCUGAAACUCAGAAACUCCGACAUUGAACUCCGGAAGGGUGAGACCGACAUCGGGAGGAAGAACACGCGGGUGCGGCUGGUCUUCCGCGUGCACGUCCCGCAGCCCGGCGGCCGCACGCUGUCCCUGCAGGUGGCCUCCAACCCCAUCGAAUGCUCCCAGCGCUCAGCCCAGGAGCUGCCUCUGGUGGAGAAGCAGAGCACAGACAGCUACCCGGUCGUAGGUGGGAAGAAGAUGGUCCUAUCCGGCCACAACUUCCUGCAGGAUUCCAAGGUCAUCUUCGUGGAGAAAGCCCCAGAUGGCCACCACGUCUGGGAGGUGGAAGCAAAAACCGACCGUGACCUGUACAAGCCGAAUUCUCUGGUGGUUGAGAUCCCGCCUUUUCGGAAUCAGAGGAUAACCAGCCCCGUUCACGUCAGUUUCUAUGUCUGCAACGGGAAGAGAAAGCGAAGCCAGUACCAACGCUUCACCUACCUUCCUGCCAACGUUCCAAUUAUAAAAACAGAACCCACUGAUGAUUUCGAGCCUGCUCCAGCCUGUGGACCGGUGAGCCAAGGGUUAAGUCCGCUCCCAAGAUCAUACUACAGCCAGCAGCUGGCCAUGCCACCCGACCCCGGCUCCUGCCUCGUGGCCGGUGUCCCGGCCUGUCCGCAGAGAGGCUCCCUGAUGCCAGCAGCCCCCGGCACGAGCCCCAAGCUCCACGACCUUUCUCCCGCUGCCUACUCCAAGGCCAUCGCCAGCUCGGGCCAUUGUCACCUGGGGCUCCUGGCGCCGGCCGGAGAGGCCCCCACCGUCACCCCCGCCAUCCAGGACGUGCCCAGGCCAGCGGCCAUGCACCCCGGCUCUCCCGGACAGCCGCCCCCGGCCCUGCUUCCACAGCAGGUGAGUGCGCCUCCGAGCGGUAGCCACCCCCCUGGGCUCGAACACUCACUCUGCCCCAGCAGCCCCUCUCCUCCACUCCCGCCCGCUGCCCAAGAGCCGACCUGCCUGCAGCCCUGCAGUCCAGCGUGCCCGCCUGCCACGGGCCGCCUACAGCACCCGCCGCCCACGGUCCGCAGGGACGAGUCUCCGACCGCCCGGCCCCGGCUGCUGCCAGAGGCCUGUGAGGACGGUAGUCCUAAUUUGGCCCCUAUUCCUGUAACGGUCAAGCGAGAGCCGGAAGAAUUGGACCAGUUGUACCUGGACGACGUAAAUGAAAUAAUACGAAAUGACCUCUCCAGCACGAGCACCCACUCAUAGUUGCCACCUGGGAGCAUUCAGUUCAGCGGGUGUGCUGACUCUAGCAAAGAUUUGAACACACCUGGUGCCACUCAGAACCUGCAACUGACAACGCUGGGAGCUAAAGAUGAGUAGUUCAAGCAAGUGGCUCUCCAGCGAGGAAGGGAGGCCACCGUCUCAGGACAACAGAGGGAGGUGGCUAGGCCGCCACGGGAGCAGCCCACACGCAGCCUGACCCCAAGCCCAGCCCUCUGGCACCCUGGGCUUCAAUACUGGAAGUGCCUUACUUAACUACAGCGUCAGGGCGCCGUGGAACUGAGCGUUGAAUUUGCGACUGUGGGAGCAGAGACUGUAAGCACAGUUCACGUGAGGGUUUAUCCUUUGUGCAAGUGCAGACGGUGCUGGCAGGCUUCGAGGGGUCCCACACGAGUCUCCGCCGUAGGGAACGUUUCCGGGGCCACGAAGUACAAUCUUGCUGGCUCAUCCAGUGCGUUCUGGAAUCUUCCAGUCUGUCAUCUCAGCUCUCGGGUCGUGCGCUUCCCUCGCCGGCGCCGUUAAACCGUAGACUGUUCACGGUCGCGUGCUGGCAUCUUUGCUUUUAAUCUGGCUUUGAACACAGCACAGUAAGUUGAAUAGCACAACAUGGGUUACUGGACAGAAACAAACCUGUGAUAGGAUGGGCCUGCGUCUGCAUGUAUGUACCUAUCUCGGCAUAUGCUUGUGUGUAAUGAAUGGCUCUCCCGGCCAGCGCUCCCGCGUUCGCCCCAGGACCCCGCUGCUCCUGCUGGAGUCCCGUCCGUGUCACCUCUAGCAGACGGCCGCGUUUUCUCCUCUGGUGCGGUCCAGGGAGGACUUCAGAGAGCCAGGAGCUGGCACUCACAGUAGCUGUAGGUGACCAGAUGGCAGAAUUAGAAACUGAUUGUAAAUAACACGCAAAGUGAGUGCAAUCUGUCUGUUCAGUUAUAAUUGUUUCACAGAAGCCUCACACUCUGCUUCAUCUGAAAAACCGACACCAAAAACGACGCUUUAACACGCGGCCUGCGGAGUUUCCAGACUAGUGACUGUCCGCAGAUGGGUCCGUGUAGGCUCUGCUACUGCUUGUGUACAGUUAACUGCUUUUGAUGUAUGAUGACUCGCCGUGGUCUCUUGUCCCAUAUAACCAAAAAGCAUGGUUUCUUCAUGAAAACACGGUCGACCUGAACUGGUGCCUUAGGAAUUAACGCCGCCUGGUGGAACAUGCCCAAAUUGCACCUGCGGCUGGAGGUGCCAGCUGUGGAGUCACUGAGGCUCCUGCAGGACCAUCUGUAAUACGCUACAGCACGACGGCUGCUCCUGUGUGUAACUCACAGGAAGAAACGGCCUGCAGGCCCUCCCGUGGGGCUGCGUGGAGCUGCGAGGGCGUGCGGACGUGUGGCUGCAUGUACGUUCGCCCGCAGCUGGGUGCCCACCCUGCCCCUGGCGCCGUGGGAGCUGCAUGGAGCCUUUCUCGUUGACGGACCGUCAUCGAGACGGAAAAGUUUGGUGUUUGUGUCAGCUGUCUUUGUAGUUACGAAAUGGAUCCAAUAAAGCCAUAUUUUUUUUUGCUGGA